CACACUUUCCUAUAAAUACCUAUACCAAUUGGUUCCACUUCGUUGCUUGUUUGAGAUCAGCACCAAACCUAUCACAUCUUCAUGAAAUGCGGAUCCCCCACGUUUAAACAAGACCUUGGUCUUCAUCUGGCUCUCGCCACCCCAUUAGGAAGAAAAAACGCCUAUUAUGUUUAGCACAAUGGCGCAGCGCUUGCAGGAGCUAAUGGUGCUUUUCUUCUUAGCAAUAUUCUCUAAGGCGGUGGCAGGCCUCAAGCCUUACACUAGGGCCAACCUGAUGCCUGAUGCAGCAAAUAAUAAUUAUUGCCUGAGCUGGAGGUUGGCGGUGGAGGCCAACAAUGUGCGAGGGUGGCGAACCGUUCCUGCUCAGUGCUUGCGCUAUAUUGAAGCUUAUAUGAUCGGAGGGCAGUAUGAUCGAGACCUUGAAUUCAUUACACAGCAAAUUUGGAGCUAUGUGAGUGGGAUUGUUCCCUCCAGUGAUGGCUUGGAUGCCUGGAUUCUUGACGUUGAUGACACUUGCAUCUCCAAUGUCUUUUACUAUAAGGGAAAAAGAUAUGGGUGUGACCCAUACGAUCCAGCUGGUUUCAAGGCUUGGGCAUUGAUGGGAGGAUGUCCAGCUAUUCCUCCCUUGCUGAGACUAUUCCUGGACCUGGUAGAGGGUGGGUUUAAGGUAUUCUUGGUCACUGGCAGAGACCAAGAAUCUCUUGGCCAAGCCACUGCCGAUAAUUUGCAUAAUCAAGGAUUCAUUGGCUAUGAGCGAUUAAUCUUGAGGACGGCCUCGUACAAAGGGCAAAGCGCAGUGAAAUACAAAUCCGAUAUUAGAAAGCAACUAGUAGAAGAAGGGUAUAGGAUAUGGGGAAAUGUGGGCGACCAGUGGAGUGAUCUACAAGGAGAAUUUUUAGGCAACAGAACAUUUAAGCUUCCUAAUCCCAUGUACUUUGUCCCCUGAUGAAUUAAUUCAGUGCAAUACUUGUUAUUUUGGUCUCUAACAUGAUCAAAAUACAGUAUUCUUUUUACCCAUAUCAUAUUAUUUAAAGUUAUUACAACAUGUAUAUGUCAAUUGCCAAGCAAUGGAACAAAGAUAAAUAAAUUCGAGUGAACAAUUAUUUUCUCUCC